AUGCCCUUGCCGGAAUUUGACGUGCAAGCAGAUGCACGUCAAGGAUCUCCCGACACGCUGCCGGACAAAGCGCCGGGGGUGAGGAGCGGUUCCAAAGAUGAACCGGCGCUUGAGGAGGGAGAAAGAUCCAAGAAAGAGAAACGCAAAGAAAAAAAGGAGAAGAAGGACAAGAAGAAGAGCAGCAACGAUGACGGCUGCAGUGCAAUGUAG